UCGGCGGGCGCCCUGUGGAUUUACCCUACCAAUUGCCCCGUGCGGGACUACCAGCUGCACAUCGUUCGGACCUCUCUGUUCUGCAACACGCUGGUGUGUCUGCCUACCGGGCUGGGGAAGACUUUUAUUGCCGCCGUGGUCAUGUACAAUUUCUACCGCUGGUUCCCUUCCGGAAAGGUGGUCUUCAUGGCCCCCACGAAACCCUUGGUGACACAGCAGAUGGAGGCGUGCUACCAGGUGAUGGGUAUCCCGCAGUCCCACAUGGCCGAAAUGACAGGUUCUACUCAAGCUCUCACCAGGAAGGAAAUAUGGUGCAAUAAGAGAGUCCUUUUUCUUACACCUCAGGUCAUGGUAAAUGACCUUUCUAGAGGAGCUUGCCCCGCUGCUGAAAUAAAGUGUCUGGUUAUUGAUGAAGCUCAUAAAGCUCUCGGAAAUUAUGCUUAUUGUCAGGUUGUAAGAGAACUAAUCAAAUAUACAAAUCAUUUUAGAAUCUUGGCUCUCAGUGCCACACCAGGUAGUGAUAUAAAGGCUGUGCAACAGGUUAUUACUAACCUACUAAUUGGGCAGAUAGAGCUUCGUUCUGAAGAUUCUCCAGAUAUUUUGCCAUAUUCUCAUGAAAGACGAGUUGAAAAGCUUGUUGUUCCUCUUGGUGAAGAACUUGUAGCCAUCCAAAAGAUAUAUAUUCAGAUUUUGGAAGCAUUUGCGAGUUCUUUGAUUCAGAGGAAUGUUUUGAUGAGAAGUGAUAUCCCCAAUCUAACAAAAUAUCAGAUAAUUCUGGCAAGAGAUCAGUUUAGGAAAAACCCAUCUCCAAAUAUUGUGGGAAUACAACAAGGCAUAAUCGAGGGAGAGUUUGCUAUUUGUAUUAGUUUAUAUCAUGGUUAUGAAUUAUUGCAGCAAAUGGGAAUGAGAUCAUUAUAUUUAUUCCUUUGUGGAAUUAUGGAUGGAACUAAAGGAAUGACACGGUCAAAAAAUGAACUUAGCCGAAAUGAGGACUUCAUGAAACUCUAUAAUCAUCUAGAGUUCAUGUUUGCACAUACGCGUAGUACUUCUGCAAGUGGUAUUUCUGCUAUCCAACAAGGAGAUAAAGAUAAAAAAAAUUUUUAUAGUCAUCCAAAGUUAAAGAAAUUAGAAGAAGUUGUAGUUGAACACUUCAAGUCAUGGAAUGCCCAGAACACCUCUGAGAAGAAAUGUGAUGAGACCAGAGUUAUGAUUUUCUCUUCAUUUCGAGAUAGUGUUCAAGAAAUUGCAGAAAUGCUUUUACCACAUCAGCCAGCUAUUAGAGUAAUGACUUUUGUUGGCCAUGCCUCAGGGAAAAGCACGAAGGGUUUCACUCAGAAGGAACAACUGGAGGUAGUGAGACAAUUUCGUGAUGGUGGUUACAACACAUUGGUUUCUACCUGUGUUGGUGAAGAAGGUUUGGAUAUAGGGGAAGUUGAUCUUAUAGUAUGUUUUGAUGCCCAGAAGAGCCCAAUUCGCCUGGUGCAACGAAUGGGUAGAACAGGCCGCAAACGUCAAGGAAGGAUUGUUGUUAUCCUUGCUGAAGGGCGAGAAGAACGUAUUUAUAAUCAGAGUCAGUCCAACAAAAGAAAUAUUUGUAAAGCUAUUUCAAGUAACAGGCAGGUCCUUCAUUUUUACCAAAGAAGUCCACGAAUGGUUCCUGAUGGAAUCAAUCCAAAAUUACACAAAAUGUUCAUCACACAUGGUGUCUAUGAACCAGAGAAGCCUUCUCGGAAUUUGCAGCGUAAGUCAUCUAUCUUUUCCUACAGGAAUGGAAUAAGGAAAAGUAACUCAAAGAAAGACUGGUUCUUAUCAGAAGAGGAAUUUAAAUUAUGGAACAGACUUUACAGAUUAAGAGACAAUGAUGGAAUUAAGAAGAUAACAUUGCCCCAGGUUCAAUUUCCAUCUUUACAAAAUGAGAAUAACAGACCAACUCAAGAGCCAACUAUUGGAAUCCAUCAACUCUCUCUCUCUGAAUGGAGAGUGUGGCAAGAUCAUCCUCUUCCUACGCAUCAAAUUGACCAUUCAGAUCGAUGCCACCAUUUUAUAAGCCUUAUGCAAAUGAUAGAAGAAAUGAGACAUGAAGAGGGAGAAUGCAGCUAUGAAUUGCAAAUUAAAUCUUAUUUACAGAUGGAAGAUGUUCGCUCAACAUUUAGUGCUUCCAGGAAUGAAUAUAAUAAUCUUGCCUUUAUUAUUCACAAGAAAUCUUCAUUUACAAGGAAUAUAAAUCAAGGCAGUUCAUUCUCGAUGUUAGAAUCUGAUGCAGAAUGUGCUGAAAUUUUUAAACAUACUCAUAUCAAAUCUACUAAAGUUGUUUCUCUAAAGAAAAAAGCUUCUAAAGAAAUGAAAAAAGAUAAUGAUGGUGUCGUGGAUUCUUCAGACAUUGACAUAAGUUCUACUGUUGAAAAUGUUUUUCAGGUAGACCUACCAAAUGAUAAAAAGACAUCAGAUACAGAUGAAGUUGCUGCAGCGUGUCCUAUUAAUGAAAAUGUUGUGAAUCGGCCAUGUAUAGUAUUAACAGAGUGUCAGUUUACAAAUAAAUCUUCUAGUUCAUUUGCUGGAAGUUUUUUAGAUUCUGGUUAUAACAGUUUCAGUGAUGAAAAAUCUGCAUCAUCUAGCUUGUUUCUUCCAUUUGAAGAAGAACUUUAUGCUGCUAGAACAGAUGAUCAAUUUCAUAAUUGUCACUCAUUUACAAAAGAGAUACUAGCUAAUGUAGAGAGAUUUUUAUCUCAUUCUCCUCCGCCUCUGAGUAGACUCUCAGACUUGGAAUAUGAAAUUGCUAAGGGUUCUACAAGUAAGAAUUUGUUUUCCUUAUCCUAUGCAGAGCAUUUUCAAAAUGAUAAAUUUACCUGUUCAUAUGUGAAUUCUCAACAGAAUUUAGAAUUGAAUUCACUUAAGCUUAUUAAUCCUACUUCAAAAAAAUGUUAUCUUUAUGGUAAAACUAAUGAUAAGAUUUCUGAUGAGCCAAGCUUUUCUAACCGUGAUGAUAAAGUACAUAAAGAUAUUCAAAAUGAAAAUUUAUUACCUAACAAUCAUGUUAAAAUACACAUAGACCCUGAAAAGAAUUUAGUUGAAGAAGACAAUGAUGAUGUUGAUAACAGUGACCUCCCAGUAUUGUUCACCGAUCAUGAUGAGAGUUUACUAUUAUUUGAAGAUGAUAAUGCAGAAUUGAAUGAUGUGAGCUUUUCUCUCUUAAACAGUAAAUGCAAAUCUUUAUGUGUGUCAGACAAAACCGCUAUAAGUGGAACAGCUCUCGUCGCUGAUGCCUUAAUUUCUGAUGAUCUUUUGUUAGACAGUAAUUCUGAACCACAAGACCAAAUCAUGUGUGAUACUAAUAGUUGGAAAUCUCAUGAAGAUUUGACGGGUGUACGUGAGGAAAAACCGAAGAGUGAUGAAUGUGUUUUUGAUUGCUCUAGGGAUUUAUUUUCUGUUACCUUUGAUUUAGGAUUUUGUAGUCCAGAUUCUGACGAUGAAAUCCUAGGACAUGCAUCAGAUAUAAAUAACAGUAGACUUCUAGAUCUAGCUGGAAGGUAUUUGGGUGUUAAGAAGAUAAAUGAUGUGAACUGUAUUUCAAAUAAAGCAGUAAUACCAAGAGAUCAUGGUGAAAACUUUAUAAGUGGAACCAUCCCAUCAAAUACAACUUUUGCACGUUUUCUACCAAGUGCAGCAAAAAAUAAAGAAUUUAUGUCUCCUGGUUAUUCUCAAUUUUCUUUGCCAGUAGGAGAAAAAGUUAUGAGUACACCACUUUCUGAAUCAAACCCCUACAACUCAUUUUCUAAGAUGAGAGAGGAAAUGCCUAAUACGCCAGAUUCUAAUAAGGAAAAAGUACUUAUACAAAGUUUCAAAGAAACAUUGAAUUCAACUUUAGAUUAUUCAGGAUUUUCUCUAGAAAAGGGUAAAAGUGGUAAUCAGAUCUAUCUGCAUCAAUCCUGUCAUUCUGCUGAAGAUGAACGAUUACUAACAAGUAAUGACAGUGAAGAUGAGAUUUUUCGAAGAAAAAAUAAAAAAGGAAAAGGAAAUGUUUUAAAAUCUCCUGAGGAUCAGAAAAAUAGUGAUGACUCUCCACUUCAUGCUGUCAAAAAGCGCAGGGUUCCUCUAAACAGACUAGAAUUAUCAUCUAGUGAUGAGAGUGAGAAUCUUCACAAACCAUAUCCACAAUUGGAACACAUCAAGGGUUGUAACAGGAAAGCUAGAAGAUGCAUCAAAGUCCCAAAGAGACAGAAUCACCUAAAGCAUGUAGCUAGGAAGUUUUUAGAUGAUGAAGCAGAACUUUCCAAAGAAGAUGCAGAAUGUGUUUCAUCAGAUGAAAAUGAUGCGUCAGAAAAUGAACAAGAUGCCUCAUUACUUGACUUCUUAAAUGAUGAGACUCAACUUUCACAAGCUAUAAAUGAUUCUGAAAUGAGAGCUGUUUACAUGAAAUCUUUGCGUAGUCCAAUGAUGAACAAGUACAAAAUGAUCCAUAAGAAACAUAGGAAUGUAAACAUUUUCUCACAGAUUCCUGAACAAGAUGAAACUUAUUUAGAGGACAGUUUUUGUGUUGAUGAAGAGGAAUCUUGCAAAAGCCAAUCAAGUGAAGAAGAAGUUUGUGUUGAUUUUAACUUAAUAACUGAUGAUUGCUUUGCAAAUGGGAGUAAAAAAUAUAAAACCAGGCGUGCAGUAAUGCUAAAACAAAUGAAGAGAGAAAAUUGUACACGUGUAAAAAAGAAACUAUCCAGAAUUAUAUUACCAAAUGAUUCAAGUGAGGAGGAAAAUAAUGUAAAUGAUAAAAAGGAAUUCACAAUUGUGGUUAGCCCAAGCACUGUUAACAAGAACAAACAACAGGACCGUUGUUUAACUUUAGUGCCUUCUGGGUCUUCAUUGCAGUCUAAGAUUUAUUCUAAUCCAAUAGUUAAUCAAUCACUAAAGCAGAGACAACAGAUACCACUUAAGUUAAAGGAUACAGUUUCUGAAGUCUCAGAUGUCAAACCUCAGGACCAUAAUAAAAUAGACUCUACCAUGCCACCGUUCACUACUGUUGAUUCACAGAAAGACUGUAGAGAAUUUCCAAUUCCUUUGAAGGUUGGGAGUGCUCUGGAGGAUUCUAGCACUUCAGGGGCAUCCUGUUCCAAUUCAGGACCACAUUUAGCUGGGACACAUCCUUCUCUCAGACUUCCACAGGAAGGGAAAAGAACCUGUAUUCUUGUUAACAGUCAUGAAGUCACUUCUGGUUUGGAAGUAAUUUCUUCCCUAAGAGCAAUUCAUGGGUUACAAGUGGAGGUUUGUUCUCUGAAUGACUGUGACUACAUUGUGAGUAACCGCAUGGUGGUGGAAAGGAGGUCCCAAUCUGAGAUGUUAAAUACUGUCCGUAAGAACAAGCUCAUUGAACAGAUCCAGCACCUGCAGAGCAUGUUUGAAAGAAUAUGUGUGAUUGUGGAAAAGGACAGAGGAAAGACAGGGGACACAUCAAGGAUGUUUAGGAGAACAAAGAGCUAUGACAGCCUGCUGACUGCCUUAAUUGGCGCUGGAAUCCGAAUUCUUUUCAGUUCCUGCCAAGAAGAAACUGCAGAUUUGCUAAAAGAACUGUCUUUAGUGGAACAAAGAAAGAAUGUUGGUAUUCACGUUCCAGCAGUAGUGAAUAGUAGUAAAUGUGAGGCACUUCAGUUUUAUUUAAGUAUUCCCAAUAUAAGUUAUAUAACUGCAUUAAAUUUGUGUCACCAGUUUUCAUCUGUGAAAAAGAUGGCUAACAGCUCACCUCAAGAAAUCUCGGUGUAUGCACAAGUAACUCUUCAAAAGGCCGAGGAGAUCUAUAAAUAUAUUCACUAUGUAUUUGACAUACAAAUGUUACCAAAUGAUCUUAACCAAGACAAACUGACAUCCGAUGUAUGAUCAACUGCUCAAGAUGCCGUUAUCAGAAGUCUCAUGAUGCACUUCAGUAAUCAUUGCUGUGAUUUGUGAUUAUCAGUUUAAAAUGUAUAAAUAUUUCCUUAUCACUUAAA